GAAAUCUAAGAAACAAUAUUAUUUUCUAGCCAGUUCUAGUAGAGACAUUAGCCUACACAAAAGAUUAGGCCAAACUGUAUCUGCCAAACUCAUUUUAUCAACAGUCACAUGACAGGAAGUAUAUGCCGCACAGUCAUUUUAGCAACGUUCACAAGACAGGAAGCAUGUUGCGUAAUGGUCUGCAAAUGAAACAAACAGAUCAGCAUUGGUUUGAGUGUUCAUCACGGCUUUUCUGUGAAACAAUACUUUAAAAAGCAGUAGUAACGAAUGCUGUUGAGUCGUACAGGAAUGUUCAGCCUUUGUGGAUUUUGCCCUUUGUUUAUCAAAGUUAAUUUAUUACUCUGUGUGUGUGUGUCAUUCAGUCCUCUCAUUUUGCAGACAUUCUGAGUAUUUUGCUUCCUUCAGCUCUCACUGGAUUCAUCUUAACGGGAUAUAAUGGACCUGAAAGAGUACUUGAACAAGAUUGGGUUUACUGGCCAAUAUGACAAAGCCGACCUGGACAAUUUGUUCACCAUCCACAAGCUGCAUGUUAUGAAUAUUCCAUUUGAGAACCUCAGCAUCCAUUCUGGCGAGAAGAACACUUUGGACCUGCAAAUCAUCUAUGAUAAAAUAGUCAAGAGCAAUCGGGGAGGCUGGUGUUGUGAAAACAACCACUUGUUCUCAUGGGUCCUGAAGGAGAUGGGUUACAAAUUCACUACACUAGGCUCCAAAGUGUUCACCUUGGACUCUCAUCUCAUCAAUCUGGUGGAGAUUGAUGGGAAGCAGUAUAUUGCAGAUGUGAGCUUUGGAGUGUCGGGCCAAAUCUGGCAUCCCUUAGAGUUGAUCUCAGGUAAAGACCAGCCACAGCCUCCAGGUGUAUUCCGCCUCAUAAAUAAUGGGAUGCAGUGGGUUUUGGAGAAGACCAGCAGGAAGAAAUUGAUCCAAGAUAAGGCCUUUGAUAAUUCCAGCCUCAUUGAUAAACGGCUCACCAAAACAUUAUACUCCUUCACAUUAACACCCCGUGAUGUAGAUCAUUUCCAAAAGAUGUCCGAUUGCCUGCAGAUUAGUGCAGACUCUCUGUUCAUGCUCAAAUCCAUUUGCUCCCUUCAGACAGCCACAGGCUUCAGAGCCCUGAUUGGUUGGACGUACAGCGAGGUCACAUUUAAAGAGGACUCAGACUUGGUGGACAUGAAAGAAAUCCCAGACUGUGAGAUAGAGGCUUUACUAAAGGACAAGUUUAACGUGGUGUUAGUUAAUAAAUUCACACCCAAAAACAACAAUGCUAAUUAUUGCAUUUAGUACUCAGCUCAUCUAAUGUUAGUAAUCAUUGUGUUUUUCUUGAAUAUUGAGAUACAAAUUGUGCUCUCUGAACGCUCUACUUCUUUGUAUUUAAUUAUUUUGUUAAUGCUCUCUAUAUAUAUUUAAUAUUUUUUAUAUAUAUAUUUUUGUUAAUUUGGCUGUGAAACCAUGUCUCCAUUUUAAGUUUGCAAAUGUCAUAGGACAAUGUGGAGAAAUAAUUUUCCAUUGUAUUUGCUUGACAUAACAAUACUUUUUGAAUUUGUACUUGUCAGCUGAAGUCAGACUACUCUAAGAAGGACGCUGUAGGAUUAUCCUUGAACAGUCCAUUUAAUUAAAAGAACCCAACACCGCAUUCCACAGUUCAGAAUGAUUCCCCAUUGAACCAUUAGUACAUCAUAAAACACAGUCAUGGUGCCAAGAUGGCUAAAGGAGAUGUCAACCCCUCCUUUCCCUUCUGUGCCUGUCUAAUCUUAUACCAGCGACGUCAGGACAGCAGGAAAAGAUUUCUCUUUGUUCCCCAAACUUAAGACCAAAUGGCCAGGAACCCUGUGGUUACCCCAAUGCAUAAAUCCUCAGCAUUAUCAGGAAAGGAAGGAUGCUAAGGCAUUCCCUUGGCCCAGGAUCACCAAAAACCUUAAACCAGGGAACACCUCCUUGCUGCAGCUGUAAAUUCCAGAGACUUUGUCUCCCAAAAACCAACAUUAAAAUUUAACCCACAUGUGGUUUGAUACAAAAAUCGAUCUGAAAAUUGAUUGUUUUGUUUUUUUACCUCACACAUUUUUUAAGUAUCAUGUAUGUUUUAUAUAACCUGUGGAAUCAUUUCUGUGUUUAUCUUUCAUUACAGCCUAUUCGUAGGGUUUUCUAAGUUAUAGGAACUAAUCACCAGAAGUUGCCUCAUACAUGUGUAUUCUCUGUAUUAUGCAUGCUUUAUAUUUGUCAAGUAAUUUUGUGUGUUAAACACUUAUCACUGCUAAAUCCUUAUUUACUUCCACCUCAACUAUGGGAAGUAUAUGUAUUUUGGUACCCACUUGAUGGGUAAAUGAUUUCUAGAAUUUUGAUAUAAAGUAGAUGUGUGUAGGAUGCACCAUAUUUAAACUAUUUAGUUUGCUUAUUAAAGCGUUUAAUCUAAACUCCCAGAAGUUUGGACAUACGCGAUCACGUGGACAUUACGCUAAUUACAGGCAAAAACCGGAGAACGGGGUGUAGGCCCGCCCAAGACAAAAUCUGAUUGGCUGUCGUACUAAGAAGGACGGGUCAGAUGGACACGCUUAUAGCCCAAUGACAGGCUUUUUGCCUCCUGCUUUUUGCCUCACUUUUGCCCUGCUUGCAGUGACUUGGGCUCUUGCCAAUGUUUUGUGCUGACCUUUCCAUCGUCCAGCGUAUUCCUCUUCAAACCACCAAGAGCUCACUCAAAACUCAUCAACUCUUCCGUAAGAUCCUUCGUUGAACUUCGUUAAAGAAAAACCCUCUCAGAGAAACUCUGUAGCAUAGCAACCCGCAACCCUGGUAGUCUCGCGAACGAAGAGCCACCCGGCAAAGCCAACCAACCACUCACCAUCGAGUGCUGUCCCGAAAGACAGUGUCAUCAACCGUCUGCCAAUCAAUCAGCCCAAGAGAAUCCGUCUCCAGCAACUUCCAGCAACGCACCCACAGGAGCAUCCAAACGCAAGUGCACAAUAUCUCCUAAUUCUGGCUGAAACUGGUGCAAAUCUUAUUAAGAAAACGAACUAAGAUUAAAGUGCUAGUAGAUUGAUUCUCUCAGGUUGUGGUCAAGAAAUAGUGUCUAACGCUAGACACUUGGGACUCCCUUCACCCUCCGUUAAUAACAUCACUUGUCUUUGUCACUGUUUGAAUGAAUGUUUGUUUGUUUUCGUUAGUUUAGUUUGUGUGUAUUAGAGUAGUUCAAUAAAGCCUUUUUUACAUACCA